AUGUUGAAGAACAAACCAGUAUCAAGUAAGAAAUCUUCUAAUUAUAAAAUUCAAUUAUCAGAUGAUGAACAUCAUGCUUUUGUUAAGUUAAAAUCAGCAAUUACUUCGAACCCAGUUCUUGCAGCCUUCCGUCAAAACGUGCCAACUACCGUAGAAACCGACGCAAGUCAUGAAGGAUUAGGUGCUUGUCUCUCCCAAAUACAUGAUGGAUCUAUAUGUAUAAUAGAAUACGCAAGCAGAUCCCUUAAAGAUCCAGAAAAACGUUACCAUAGCAAUGAGUUAGAGGUUACAGCGGUACAUUGGGCUAUAACCGAAAAAUUUCGCCUUUAUUUGGUCGGUCAAACCUUUAAACUCAUAACGGAUAAUUAUUCCACAGCUUACAUAGUCAAUAAAGCUAAGCUUAACAGAAAGUUUGCCAGAUAUGUUGUUGACUUAGCAGCAUUCGAAUUUGAACCCAUCUACAGAGCUGGUAAACUAAACAUUAUUGCAGACCAUCUUUCAAGAUACCCUCAACCUGUUAACGAUGAAAAUCAGUGUUGUUUGGCAAUCAUUAACUCUCAAAACGAUAAAUUAGUACAUGCCCAACAAGCUGACUCCUUUUGCCAACAAAUCAAUAAAAAACUUAAGAAUACAAAUAACACGGUUCAUAUUCUACAAAUAAAAUGUAUGUAUAAAUAUGAAAAUAACAUCCUAGUUCAUGUCAAUAUAGAAAAUGGUUUUGAAGUAAGUAAAAUUGUCAUUCCAUUUUCUUUUCGCAACACAGUUUUACAAUAUUGUCAUGACAACACAGGUCACUUCGAUAAUAAGAAAACUUUAUCCAGGAUUAAAGCACGCUAUUGGUGGAGUUCCACGAGAAAAGACUGUGCCCUCUAUGUUCGUGGAUGUAAGACUUGUCAACAAGUCAACAGAAGAACCACAUCAGCAUAUGGUAUGUUAGGCGAGAGACCCAUACCUGAAGUUCCUUUUGAAGUCAUCUCAGCAGAUCACCUUUCACUCCCAACUACUAAAGCGGGCAAUUGUUACAUAUUAGCUCACAUCUGUCACGCUACCAGAUUUCUUUUAGCUAGACCUACAUGUACUACUGCCACAGACGAUAUCAUUCACACACUUGAAAAUGAUAUCAUAAAUCACUAUGGACUACCAGUUACAUAUAUUUCGGAUAAUGGUUCUUCAUUCACAAGUUCUAAGUUCAAACUGUAUUUAGAAAAAUAUGAAAUACAACAUUCACUAUGUCCACCAUAUACCCCACAAGCCAACGGACUGGUAGAACGUUCUAACGCAACCAUGAUCUCAGUUUUAUCUAAAUUUUCAUUAGAGCACCCCCAGAUGAUUGGGACAUUAAGCUACCAAAUCUAA